AAUAGGAGCAUGUUCAGCAAAGUCCUCCAUCAGACAGGAUCAACAAGAUCAGAAGAAUCCACUUGCUUUACUCUCAGAGUAGAACAACUGCAAUCAAUCCAAGAUGAAGACUCCCAGUGUUGUUCUUGCAGUGGCCAUUAUUCUGGCCUGUAUUUAUCUUCAGGAGAGCUCAGCCAGUAAAACACAAGAGCUGGAGGAGGUGAUGGACAAGGACAGUGACGGUCCAGUUGUCGCAUACGACGUGGACUUUGAGGGAUCCUGGAAGAUGCCGUAUACCAACAGACAGAAGCGAGGCUUCACAUGUCGCUUCUGCUGCGGCUGCUGCAAACGUGGUGUUUGUGGACUGUGUUGCAGAUUCUAAGACCUGUAACAACUUUCCUGAAAUCAUCAUUCAUGCGAUGUGUCCUUUUUUUAAACCACCGUCAUUGGGUUGAAUAACAGUUUUUGUUACGUCAUCAACAUCAGCUGUAAAUUGUUCAUGUGCAAUCAAUAAACAUCAAAAUAACAUA